AUGUCUAUUGGGUAUUCUGACCCGACAUUUGGAGAGUCAGCAGCCUUCCUUCCGAUGGACAGAGCAGUGGCUGGCCAAACAAGGCCAUCGCUGAGACAUAACUCGUCACUUUCGAGGGGCAACAUUCAUCGUCGAAGUUCAAUUAUAAUGGCUGAUACGGGCCAGAAAAUACAGCGAUCGUAUUCAUUUUGGGACCAAACGCAGGACGAAAUUGAGUUGGAGAAUCAAAUUGGAAGCAACAGACGGAAAGUAGAAGAUAGCAACCAAGGGUUUCAGGGUAGAUUCAAAAGUAUGGUCUCCUCUGACACUUGCAAAGGAGUGCUCAAGGGAGCUUUGGCCUAUUUUGUUGCUUCGUGGGCUGUCUACUCGUCCACGCUCUCUAGUAUAUUAGGGAAUGCUGAUUCCAAGCAUUUGAUUUGCACAAUUGUCGUUUACUUCCAUCCAACAAGGACUAAAGGGUCUAUGAUUCAGUCUUUGAUUUUCGUGAUCUUAGCCCUCUCGUUUGCAUUUUCAAUCUCGGUGAUCCUAAUGAGCAUUUCGGCCAAAUCAUAUAACAUGGAAAGCCCUGAGCUUGGGUAUGGUAUUGAUCUUGUAUUCAGCUGUGCUGCUCUUGGUUUAAUAUCAUUAACUAAACAGUGGGUCAGUAAACCUACAUUCAACACCGCUUGUUCGCUGAGCGCCAUAGUCAUCAUUUCUUGCGUCAUUAAGGAAGGUAGUCAAGAUGGUAGCGUUGUGCCAUGGGCCAAAAUAGGGUCAAUAUUCAGAAUUGUCCUGGCAGGAUGUAUAGUCUCGGCAUUGACCUGUUAUCUGUUGUGGCCCACAUCUGCUGAGAUGAAGCUAAAGCAACACUUGAACGAAAAUGCAGAUGCACAGUCUCAUCUCCUCAAACUUGUAUCAAGGUCCUUUUUAGGGUACGAUCACAUAGAAUCGUCUGAGACAAACGUUCUUGUUGAGAAAGUCAAGUCGAGCCUCAAAAACCUUAAGAGAUACCUGGAAGAAGCCAAGUUCGAACUGUACUUGAAGGGAAAGGAAAAGGAGUAUCACCUACUCAAAGAUCUGGUGGAGUCGUGUGGAAAGCUCUGGAUGACCAUGGCUGGAAUGAGGAUGUCUGUCGAGUUCAAAUACGAACUUCUUGACAUCGGUAACCAUGUUCACACGGAAACCACGUCCUUGCGCAGCUACUACAGUGAACAGGUUGACGGGAGCACAUCUAAUGAGAGUGAUUUUGACGACGAUGAAGCUGUUGCAAUAAAUUCCAAAGAGCUAUUUGAUUUGUUUGUCUACUAUCUGGGACCGUCUAUUAAAAGUUUCUCGUAUACUGUCAGACAAAUUUUAAGCGGUGUUCCUUUCAAUUCAGAGAAUCAGAUAGAACCGGCUGUUGAACAGUACUCUAAAAGCUUGGCUCUGGCAAAGGACUUAUACAGUGACAACCAACUCAAGGCCCUCAAAAAACUAUACGACCAAGACCUCUUCAAGACAGAGACGGACUUUGAUUCCAAAGUCGAUCAAGAAGAAGUGGCUGCAUCCUGCGGAAACUUCUCUUUUCUGCUGUUGGAGUUUGCCUCGGAGCUUUUUGAAUAUUUGCGAAUUUUGAAGGAGUUAAAUGCCGUGUCCACUUACAAAGAUACCAAAACUUUUGAGUUUUUGAAGUUUUGGAAACGAUCAUCUCCUCUGUCGUCCAGUGCUCCACGAAAAAGUACUAUUAACGAUAUGAUAUCUCGAAUACAAGGAACUAAUGAGGAUUACAGUGCCAAAAUGUCCCUAAAUUAUAGAAUCUGGAGAAUAGUCAAAAUCCUAAGAAGUGUGGACGUCCAAUUUGGUCUGAGAGUGGGUAUUGGCUCACUUUUCAUAGCCAUAUUUGCAUACAUCGACAAGACGAAAGACUUCUUUGAUGACUGGCGAGGAGAAUGGGCUCUGGUGACAUUUUGCAUUAUAAUGAACAAGUCUGUUGGAGGAACCACUAUGACCAUCAAAUGGAGAUUCCUAGGAACAUUUUUAGGGGCUUUCACAGCUUAUUGUGUUUGGGUGCUAUUAUACCCAAAUGCGCUGCUAAUGGCAAUUGUGGGAUUCUUGUUUUCCAUCGGGUGCUUCCAUAUCAUCAUCAACUGGGAAGCAAAUAAUGCAUUUGGUAGAUUCAUUCUUCUCACCUACAAUUUGACCGUAUUAUAUUCGUGGACUAUGGCCAAUAAGGUGAUAGAUAAAGUGCCCGACUAUGACGAUGAAGGAGGAGACAACCCGAUCAUAUUUGAAAUUGCUAUUCACCGUUUUCUGGGUGUCUCAUUUGGAGUCAUCUGGGCUUUGAUCGUGACAAUGUCUCUGUUCCCUAAUUCUGCUCGGAGCAGGAUACGUAGAGGGCUCUCCAUUUUAUGGUUGCGAAUGGGCAUCAUUUGGCAUAGCGGUCCGCUGGCUUUUGAGGUUGACGAGCACAAUGAAUACAAGCUCAUUGGUAUACGAGACAGGAAGACUAUUCACAUGAUCAUGUCUGAGUUGGAGACUUUAGUCAAACAGGCUCCAAUGGAGAUAAGACUCAAGGGGCCAUUCCCCAUAGGAAUUUACGAGAAACUACUUAUUUCAACUUCUCGGAUAAUUGACGCUUUCGAGAACUUGAACUCCAUCAUUGAAAUCAAUAAAAGGCUUACUCCCAACGAACAUUCAGUGCUUCAGAAUCUAGCAGGUGAAAUGUCGGAACUUGAGAAUCGCGUUUUCCUUAUUUUCUACAUGUUGGCUUCAGCCAUGAAGCUGGGGUUCCCACUCGCAAACAAACCUGCUUCUACCGAACAUUCAAAAGAGCGAAUGCUCGCUAAAAUGAGCGAGAUUCGCAAAAGAAGUACCUCAGAAAAGCAAGUGCUGUCGGACGAAGACUUUGUUCUCCUUUACACGUACAACCUGGUCACAAACUCAAUUACUAAUGAGUUAGACGUUCUUCUAGGACUUGUGGCAGACUUGUAUGGUAGAGUUUCUGAGGAAACUCUCGAAUUAUGA